CUGACGGGCGAGCCGGCCCCCGACCCCCACCCGCCGGCUCGCUCGCCCCCCCUUCGGGGCUGCCAGACGAAUUUCUCUCCCCACUGGCCUGGUGCGGCCUGACGGAGGCGGAGUGGCUCGCUCCGGGCCGGCCGGCGCCGGGGGUGAGGCUGCCGGGAAGGAGCUGGGGGCGCUCGAGGGGCCGAGCAUCCCUCUCCUCGGCCCGCCGGCCCCCGUCCCCCGCCUUCCCUCCUCCUCCCGCCUGGCCGCCCCGCCCCGCCGUGACCCCCGGGCGCCUCCAGAGCCCGACGCGGGCAAAUACUUCUCUUGUCUUGGUUGGAUGCACAAAUCUCUGUGCAGUGCUUUUUGCCCGUUGCCUAGACGAUCACUUGGUUUCUCUGAGGAUGUCUGGUUCUCGUAAAGAGUUUGAUGUGAAGCAGAUUUUGAAAAUCAGAUGGAGGUGGUUUAGCCAUCAAGCAUCAUCUCCCAAUUCUACAGUUGACAGCCAGCAGGGAGAAUUUUGGAAUCGAGGACAGACUGGAGCAAACGGUGGGAGAAAGUUUUUAGAUCCGUGUAGCCUACAAUUGCCUUUGGCUUCAAUUGGUUACCGAAGGUCCAGCCAACUGGAUUUUCAGAAUUCACCUUCUUGGCCAAUGGCAUCCACCUCUGAAGUCCCUGCGUUUGAGUUUACAGCAGAAGAUUGUGGCAGUGCACAUUGGCUGGAUAGACCAGAAGUGGAUGAUGGCACUAGUGAAGAAGAAAAUGAAUCUGAUUCCAGUUCAUGCAGGACUUGCAAUAGCAGUCAGACAUUAUCAGCCUGCCAUACUAUGGAGCCAUGUUCAUCAGAUGAAUUCUUCCAAGCCCUUAAUCAUGCUGAACAGACAUUCAAAAAGAUGGAAAACUAUUUGAGACACAAACAGUUAUGCGAUGUAAUUCUAGUUGCUGGUGAUCGCAGAAUUCCAGCUCAUAGAUUGGUGCUCUCCUCUGUCUCAGAUUAUUUUGCUGCCAUGUUUACUAAUGAUGUCAGGGAAGCAAGGCAAGAAGAAAUAAAAAUGGAAGGUGUAGAACCAAAUUCACUGUGGUCCUUGAUUCAGUAUGCAUAUACAGGCCGCCUUGAAUUAAAAGAAGAUAAUAUUGAGUGCCUGUUAUCUACAGCUUGCCUUCUUCAGCUUUCACAGGUUGUGGAAGCAUGCUGUAAGUUUUUAAUGAAACAGCUUCACCCAUCCAACUGUCUUGGAAUCCGUUCUUUUGCUGAUGCUCAAGGUUGUACAGAUUUGCAUAAAGUGGCUCACAAUUAUACUAUGGAACAUUUCAUGGAAGUAAUUCGAAACCAGGAAUUUGUGUUAUUACCAGCCAGUGAAAUUGCAAAGCUCUUGGCCAGUGAUGACAUGAACAUUCCUAGUGAGGAGACAAUAUUGAAUGCACUUCUUACUUGGGUCCGUCAUGAUUUGGAACAGAGACGGAAAGAUCUCAGUAAACUUUUGGCUUAUAUUAGGCUACCUCUCCUUGCGCCACAGUUCCUAGCAGACAUGGAAAAUAAUGCACUUUUUCGAGAUGAUAUAGAAUGUCAGAAACUAAUUAUGGAAGCAAUGAAGUAUCACCUACUACCAGAGAGACGGCCCAUGUUACAGAGUCCUCGGACAAAACCUAGGAAGUCAACUGUCGGUACAUUAUUUGCAGUUGGAGGAAUGGAUUCAACAAAAGGAGCAACAAGCAUUGAAAAGUAUGAUCUCCGUACAAAUAUGUGGACUCCUGUAGCCAAUAUGAAUGGGAGGAGGCUGCAGUUCGGCGUUGCGGUGCUAGAUGACAAACUGUAUGUGGUUGGAGGAAGAGAUGGACUGAAGACUUUGAAUACUGUAGAAUGCUACAACCCCAAAACAAAAACUUGGAGUGUGAUGCCUCCUAUGUCUACACAUAGGCAUGGCCUUGGUGUGGCUGUAUUGGAAGGUCCUAUGUAUGCAGUAGGAGGGCAUGAUGGUUGGAGCUAUCUGAAUACAGUGGAAAGAUGGGACCCUCAGGCUCGCCAGUGGAAUUUUGUUGCCACUAUGUCCACUCCCAGAAGCACAGUAGGUGUGGCAGUACUAAGUGGAAAACUUUAUGCAGUUGGUGGUCGUGAUGGCAGUUCUUGUCUCAAGUCAGUAGAAUGCUUUGACCCUCAUACUAAUAAAUGGACACUCUGUGCACAAAUGUCAAAAAGGAGAGGGGGAGUAGGAGUCACUACCUGGAAUGGAUUGCUGUACGCCAUCGGAGGCCACGACGCACCUGCAUCCAACUUGACUUCCAGACUCUCAGACUGUGUGGAGAGAUAUGAUCCCAAAACGGAUAUGUGGACUGCAGUGGCAUCUAUGAGCAUCAGCAGAGAUGCCGUGGGAGUCUGUUUACUUGGUGAUAAGUUAUAUGCUGUCGGAGGGUAUGAUGGACAGACUUACCUUAAUACAGUGGAGGCUUACGAUCCCCAGACAAAUGAGUGGACCCAGGUUGCUCCACUGUGCCUAGGAAGAGCUGGGGCUUGCGUUGUGACUGUAAAGUUAUAACAGUGCUUUGUUUUCUAAAUGAAGAUGUUCUCUUCCUUUAUGAAUUUAGUAUAAUUGUUCUACUAUCAAUGGAUAUGUUUUUAGUAAAUUUGCAAGGCCACAUUCCGGGGCACGAAGUGCCUGGUCUCUAAGGGAAGAUGUUAAAACAAGGAAGAACCAGGAUUAAAUACUUUUAUUUCUUAGCAAAUCAAAACUGCAGCUGGUGGAUGGUGAACGUAUGUUCCUGAUAUAAAAUAUGAGGACAAAUGCACUGCUCCUGACACAACCCAGUGUUAACCAGGAAUUUCAUUUCUUUUAAUAAUCAAGCACAUUUUGCUCAUAUUAUCCACAUUUCUUUUAUUACAGUGCAAAUACCCCAGAUAAAACUUCUAAUGUUUUGAUUUGUAACUUUAUCAUACAUGAAUUAUGGUAAUUCUUAUUCUUUUACUUAACCACAACCACUGUUUUAAUGAUAUUACUAAAGACUAUGCAUUUAGUUGUUUUCAGAAAUAGCUGCAUUAUAUAUGCUUCGCUUGUGGAUAUAUUUCUAAAAUCGGCUUAGUCCAAUGAAUAAAGAAAAAUAUUAAAGAGUUAGAACAACAAAGACCAAAUAAAAACUUGAUAUGACCUUUGGGAUCUAUUUAAAUAUUCAUUCCAUCUAGAUUAACCAAGAACUCCACGUUAUGAUAUUCUUAAAUUAGAAUUGAAACAUGGUGUUUUGCAUUAAAUUUAAGAUAUGCAAAUUUUGUGGAGAAAAUAAAUGUUAUAUACCCUCUAAUGUUCUUUCACCUAAUUAGCAUUUAAUUGUGUGAAUUUGCUUUCUUUUAUAUUGUUAAAAAUGUUUUGAUUUUGUCUCUUUAUAUUGACAGAACUGUUUGGAUAUUCUUACGUUCUCAGAUCUCUGUUUGCCUCCCCUGCCUUGUUUGCUAAUUUUUGCCGGAGUUAGUUAAUCCUUUGUGCUUCUUUGUAAUCAAACAGUUUGGGGGGAAUGGGCUUAUUGAAUGUUUGAAAAAUAAGUUUAAAGUGUUUAUUACCCAAAGUUUUGUACAUUUGUACACUCUUAAUUACACAUGUGAAUGUUAAUAUUCUCAGUGAAUUAUUUAUUGUUUGCAAAAAUGCACUGGGCAGUAACAUUUUAUGAUAAAUCCUUUAAGGUAUAAGUCAUUAACUUAUAUCUUAAUGUAAAAUGAGUAUAAACUAAAUUCCCACCUUUUAAAAGUCCAUAUUUUGGUUAAUGUGUUUUUACAUUUUA